CUGCUCGCCAUUCCUGUAAUGGCUGCUUCCUGGAAGGUGCUGUCACGUGGAGCUUAGCCUUAGCAUCCUGAACUGGUAGAAUUAAACAAAAACCGCUUUCUUUGGAACCUUCAGCCUUUAAGAACCAGUCACCUCAAGAUCUCAACAUCAUGAUCUCAGUUUCAACACAAUUGUUCCUAGUUCUCUUUUCAUUGCUUCUGGUGCUGCCUGUUGUUGAAGCAGUAGAAGCCGGAGAUGCAAUCGCUCUCUUGUUAGGUGUGGUUCUCAGCAUUACAGGCAUUUGUGCUUGUUUGGGGGUAUAUGCACGAAAGAGAAAUGGACAGAUGUGACUUUGAAGGGCCUCCUGAAUCAAACCUUGCCCUGAAAACCUUUGUGCUAUUGAGGUUCAGAACUGAGCUUUGGUGUCUGAAAGUUCUCAAGAAACAGUAAAUAGGGUAGCUUCAUAGUCUUGGUUAUUUCCCUAUAAAUAGGAACAAACUGAUAUGUUAAAUGGAAAACAAAACGUUUUCUUCACAACAAAUAAUGCACUGAAAAAUGCCGUCUGUAAUUUACAUUUGCUAGUUAGAAAGAAGGUCAAAGAAGUGAGAUGGCUGAACUCUGCAUAAGUAAUAUUUCAUAGUUUCAGAAUUCUCAAUAAGAAUAAAACUCUUGUCCAGAAUCUUAGGAAAUUGCCACUGUUUAGUUAUAAUCACUGCCUCCUGCAUCACUGAGGAGUCUUUUCUCCAUAUUUUUAAUGCAUUUUUGUUUUGUUAUCUCCCAAGUUAAUAUUGUACCUAGAUAUUAAAUACAGUUGGUCAAAAAAUUAAAACUUAUCUCUUUGUGGGGGAAAAAGUUUAGAAAAUGUAUUCUAUGUAUCUAACGUUGAAAUGGAGAAAAGAUUUAAUGUAAAAAAAUACUUUAUAUUGACACUAAAAUGGAGAAAAGAUUUAACGUUUAACAAAAACAAAAAAAUCUUUAUAAACUGCUAACAUCUCCAUGGUGAGAAGUACUAUAUUAAAUAUAAACCCAUUAUGUAA